AUGCCCCGACACAGAUACGGUCGAAAGUUCGGUGACGAGCCCGGCUAUAGGCCCCCCAACCGCAUCCUUGAUGCCCGGGAUCAGGCAGCUGAGCGCCGUCGUGAGGCCCAGCCUCCCACUGAGGAUCCUCCUCGUGGGAACCAACAGGCGUCUAACGCCCGCGGCAGAACCAUCGAGCCUGCCGGCAACAACCGUCGAGAUGACAAGGUCACUCGCCGUGAGCCUAGGCUCAACAUGGUCACCGAGAUGGAGUUGAUCAAUUACUCCGGCGCCCAAGGCCAAGACGUCGUGGUUGAUGCUGUCAACCGCAGCUUGGGUGGAGGCCCUCAGAACAACAUUGCCGCCCUCACCCCAACGGGCUUUAUGAUCAAGAGCAAUGUCGCCAAUCAUGCCGCCCGCCUCAUCAAGAUGGGCAUGGCCAACGGUGCCUCCGGGUACGUUGCCAAGAUCGACAUGAUCUACGAGGAUGAUGUUGCUCGGGCCCGCAAGAACAAGCAACUGGGCCGGAGUAUGCAGUCAUCUUUGGGUCGACCCAGGCCCAACCUGAGGUUGCCCGAUGCCGAAUUUGGUCAGGGUCCUCCCCUUGGCGAGCGCAUCACUCAGCCCCAGACGCCCGCCGACGAGCCUGCCGCCCAGCGAGAGGCACAGGUCGUCAACCUGGGUGACAUGGGCCAGUACCAGUGUGAGAACUGCGCCGAGUCUGGCCACAACAUGGUACGGUGCCUCAAGGUUCCCGAGGGAAACCUGCAUGGGUGCACCUUGUGCCACUCGAGCACUCACUGCAUCGACGAGUGCAACACCUUCCUCGCCAUGCCCCUGCAGCAGCAGGUCAAGGUGCUGGUCUUUGACCGCUUCUCGAUGCCGCCCCUCAGAACCAAGGUGCAUUGGUUCCAGUGGCUCCGCCAGUGGCUCGCUCAUCCCGACUCUCGAAACAAGGACGGUGAUGCUUACGUGCCCACUGGAUUUCCUUGGUCUGAGAAGUUCACCACCGACUUGGGCUCAGGGUUUGUUGGUGAUGUCGAUGCCCUCCAGGGGGAAUUCGACCAGCACAAGGAUGUGGCCCGUCUUCCCAGAGACCCGGCCACUACCAACUUUGAUGCUGCCGACAAGACAUAUGGCCUAGCCCAUAUCCACCCCGACGACCCCUCGACGUUGAGAAGGGCUGCAGAUGGUCGAUUUGACCAGCCUGCCCCCGUCGAGAAAGCUGGAGAGUCGGCUGCCGGCAACACCCCGGGCGUCCAUGCCUCUCUCGAUUUUGACCUGGAUAUGGACACCGCGCCGGUAGACUAA